CGGCGCGCCGCCAUUUUACUUCUCACAAACACAGGCAGCGCUCGCACACACUCGGGCACUUGUCGCCAGACGGCCUCGGCAUCCGGACGCGUCUCGCUUUCGACUCCCGCUCGAGUAGGUGGUCCAGGGGACCGCAUCGCCGCACGCUCGUUCGCGUGGUUCAUGGUCUGACAUCUUGGAAGACUUUGGAGGAGAUAAGGUGAAGGAUGACGCAGUUUCUACCCCCGAACCUGCUGGCCCUGUUCGCGCCGCGGGACCCCAUCCCCUUCCUGCCCCAGCUGGAGAAGCUGCCCCACGAGAAGCACCACAACCAGCCGUACAGCGGCAUCGCGCCCUUCAUCCGGCACUUCGAGGACCCCAGGGACGCCCCCCCACCGACCAGGGCAGAGACGCGCGACGAGCGGCUGGAGCGGAAGAGGCGAGAGAAGAUUGAGAGGAGACAAGCUGUGGUGGAGACGGAACUCAAGCUUUGGGACCCCCACAACGACCCCAAUGCACAAGGGGACGCCUUCAAAACGCUGUUUGUUGCACGAGUGAACUACGAUACCACCGAGUCCAAGCUUCGCCGUGAGUUUGAGGUCUAUGGCCCCAUCAAGCGGAUUUAUAUCGUCUACAACAAGAGGACGGCGAAGCCCCGGGGCUACGCGUUCAUCGAGUACGAGCAUGAGCGGGACAUGCACUCCGCCUACAAGCACGCCGACGGGAAGAAGAUUGACGGCAGGAGAGUGCUGGUUGACGUGGAACGCGGACGCACCGUGAAAGGAUGGCACCCUCGCAGACUGGGUGGCGGCCUGGGGGGCACGAGAAGAGGUGGAGCGGAUGUCAACAUUAAGCACUCUGGCCGGGACGAUGCCUCGCGUUAUGACGAGCGUCCCAUCGUGGGUGAUCGGGAGCCGCGGGAGCCCCGGGAACCGCGGGAGCGCAGGGAGCGCAGCCGCGAACGCGACCGGGACAAGGACAAGGACAAAGACAAGGAAAGGGAGCGCCGACGGACCCGAUCACCCCGAUCCCGCGAGCGCCGUCGCCGUACUCGAUCCCGGGAGCGAGAGAGGGAGAGAGAGAGGCCGAUUGGAGGAGGAGGAGGGGGGGGAGGAGGAGGAGGAGGAGAGGAGGUCGGUGCUAGUGGCGGCCGGCGUCGAGAGCGGGAGAAGGAGCGCGGGGUGGCUGCAGGAGGAGACAGCAGGAGUAGGGAGAGGAGUCGAGAGCGAAAGAGGAGGAGCAGGAGCAGGGACCGCAAGAGGGAGCGGGAGAGAGGAGGCAAGGCGCCGGAGGGGGAGGAGGUCGGCCAUGGGGCGGACGCCGCCCCUGAAGGCGGUGAGCGCGUCCUGGAGGACAACGAAGGAGAAGUGGGCGAAGGCACGGAGGAGCGCAGGGACAGGGACCGAGACAGGGAGCGCAGGCGGAGCCACAGGGACAGGGAGAGGCGCAGGGGGGACCGGGACAGGGACAGGGAGCAUAAGAGGGAGCGGGGGGACAGGGACAGGGGGGAGCGCAGGGAGGAGCGCCACGCCUCCCAACGAGACGACGCGGGGCCUCAAGAUGAAAUGGCCAACGAGGAGGAGGGAGCGGCGCCUCCGCACAUGGAGGAGUACAGUCAGGACGGCAUGAUGGACCAGCAGUCGGUGCCGUCGGCCGACGGCUACGUCUCCAGUGAAAAUGGCUACAAGAUGGAGGCCCCGGGAGACGAGUACUGAGGCGUCCCCCAUCGAUACUAGAACGCAGGACGCCCGCAUGGUGGUCAUCACAAGCCUCCAUCCUGCCGCACGCUCAACUCAUUCGGUCUGCUUCGUCCUCACGUAGAUGUUCCCCUUUUCUUUUCCUCGCUUUGGUCCCAACUGUAGAAACGCUCGCGCUGUUCCUUCUUAGAAUACAACCGGUUUCUACUCAUUGGACAAAUAUCCCCCGUGUGUGUGCAAGAUGGAGGUGAAGUGUUGUGAGACAAUUGAGGGCUGUUCUGUUUAUUCAUUCUGGAAUGAUUUUUUUUUUAAUUGUCUGCUGUUUGUAUGUUAGAUUUGCAAGUUCAUUUUAAUAAAGAUGUGGCUUGAAGCCAGAACCCC